CUGCCGCUGGCCACGUCUCAAAACACGGCGACACCGGGCAGAGCCUCCGAGCUGCCGGACAGAGGAGAGAGAGGACUGAGCUCUAGGCACCACGACCGAAAACCCAGCUGAAGGUAAAACAUUCUGGAAGAGGGGUAAACAUUAUUUAAUCCCAUUUCUCCGGACAGGACCGUCUCUGUGCACCUUGGUGAUCCGUGUAGUUACCGUGGGACCGGGGGAGGACGUUAGCGGACAAACAUCACUACCCUCGGCGUGUUAGUCCAAGCAAAAGAGCCGUUCGGGAUUUAACGGCGUGCUGUUUGUUAAUGCUUACAUAUUCAGAAUCAACCUCUCGAAGCAGACUUUAAAUAAACCUCUCUGUUUGGUUUGACGGAGGGGGCACCAUGACACCCGUUUACUCUGGUCUACAAACCGAGGGGGAAGAAGUACUCAGAGAACCCUUUCUGUUCCUGCAGCCAAAGGAACACACAGCUCCACCGAGGGCCAAAAUAAAGAGCUCCACAUAAAGCAGCAGAAACCUCCGCGGCCAUGAUGCCCCGCUGCAGAGUGAACCUCAGCACCAUGAUCUUCCUGGUCAUCCUCCAGGGGGCGGCGGUGGUGCUGUUCUGCGGCUGGUACGUCCAGCUCAGCCCCUGCGGCUCCCCCCCCUCCAAUGGUGGCAAAGUUCAUGUCCUGCUGCUGUCCUCCUGGAGGUCAGGCUCGUCCUUCGUGGGUCAGGUGUUCAGUCAGCACCCGUCUGUCUUCUACCUCAUGGAGCCUGCGUGGCACGUGUGGACCAAACUGCAGAAGCACGGAGCGCGGGCGCUGCGCAUGGCGGUGAGGGAUCUGUUUCGGAGCGUGUUCCAGUGCGACAUGUCUGUGAUGGAGGCCUACAUGCCGGAGCAGAUCAACAUGUCCUUUUUGUUUAUGUGGAGUCACAGCAGAGCACUGUGCUCACCGCCAGCCUGUUCUCUCACGCCACGUAACCAGUUAAGCAACCAGACUCAGUGCCAACACGCAUGUGAUAUUCGCGGCCUGCAUAGGGCUGAGGAUGCCUGCAGCACUUACAGUCAUGUGGUACUAAAGGAAGUGAGAUUCUUUGAGCUGGAAUCCCUCUAUCCGUUGCUGCAGGAUCCAAACCUAGACCUCCGCAUCAUCCACCUGGUCAGAGACCCCCGGGCCGUGGUGCGGUCCAGAGAGGCAUCAGCCAACGCCUUUGUACAUGAUAACUCUGCCGUCUUGGAGCAGAGGAACGUCCCAGCAGCAGAGGUGCAGUAUCAGGCCAUGCAGGAGAUCUGCCGUAGCCAUGUCAGCAUCCAUGAGAGGGCCAUCCUGAAGCCCCCUCCGUUUCUGAAAGGUCGCUACAAAAUGGUGCGCUACGAGGACGUGGCACACAACCCUCUCGAGGAGAUAAACGCCAUGUAUGAGUUUGUAGGUCUAGAGAUGACCAAACAGCUGGAGGAGUGGAUCUUCAAGGUGACGCACGGAAAAGGCAAAGGCUCCAAGAGAGAUGCCUUUGAAAUCUCGUCAAGGAAUGCUGCUGACGUCUCACAGGCUUGGCGUACCUCGCUGCCACACAGCAAGGUCAAACGCAUCCAGGAAGUGUGUAAAAGUGCCAUGUCAUUGCUCGGGUACAGAAACGUUAACAGUGAAAAAGAACAGAAGAGACUUGACAUAGAUCUACUUGUGCCUCGGGAACCGUAUCAGUUCAGCUGGUUGCCAGCUAAGACAGAGCAUCCCAGUAAUGCUUAAAAUACAUUCUGUUUCUUGAAUGGCAAAGAUAUCAAGAGGCUACACGGGACUGAAGUCCAUGUUCUUCAUAGUUUUUAAUAUGUGCUACAACUGAAGGAACACUGGCCUGAUUGGAAUGAUGGGAUUUAAAUGUGAAAUGACAGCACAGCAUAAUGAAUGACAGUACACUUUGUACAUUUAAGACUGAUGAAGGGCUAUAAAAUACAUUCAGAACCAAACUGGAAGACGCAUUGACCAAGACCCUGUUUCCAGCUGGCGUCAACAUGCAUCUUGGCCAAUCAGAGUGCACAGCUUUAGAAUUAUAAGCAAAACCAAGACGCUGUAUGAUCCCAUAAUCAAAACACUUGCCAGGGUGGUCUGGGAUUUGACCACAUAUAUUUGUAUAGCGUAUCAAAAUGUGUCCUGAUGCAUGUCAACAAGAUAAAAACAGGAAAAUUAGUCAUUAGAACCCCUUCCCUUGUUUUCUUCCUCCUUUCCUCCAGUUGGUUAUAAAAUAUAAUAGAAUAACAACAUGAAGCCUUCAUUCUGAACCCAACUCUUUCUAACAGCAGCGCAUUACAGCUUAUCUUCUCCCAUGUUCAUCCUUUCACAAUAAAAGCCCCUAGAUGUAUGCCCAAUGCUUACAAAGGGAAUUUAAAUUUAAUCAGAGCAGUAUAUACGUGGUGAACAGAGCCAGUGUACGAUAUAUAGUCAAACACAAAUAGGGAAUUGUGUUUCUUGGCCCCACAUGAAAAUAAUUCUGUUGUAAACAAGGACAGAUUACUACAUGGACAAACUAUUUUCUUAAAGCCACUACGUUUUUUUCCCACUUUGGUUCAGAGCCAGGGUUUUCCACAGUGUUGGUGAUAGUCGGAGCAUAUUGAGCAGUGCAGGGUCCCUGCCAGUCCUGCUGCUGCCCUCACUCAGUGUACCAGAGAGCUGAUGUUUAUUCACUGCAUUUGAAUGCCCAUUGUUUGGAGCUGGGCCCCAUGCCAGUUUCCCCCUGAGGGCCUGGUCACUGAUGACGCUCCCACAGAGGAGGAGAGACAAGAAUUUUGCUAGGGUUUUUGAUGUGCAGCUGAUGGUGUUCGGGGGGCAGGAAGUAACCUAACAUUAUUUGCUAGAGAGGUGCGGAGGUCUGAUAGUAGCGCGACGAAGUGAACUUGAAUCAGAGAAGAGAAGCCAGUCACUGAGCGCUCUGUUGGAGACUGGAUGAACCUCCAUCCUAUUACACUUCAGGGUAGAUACUGUUAAAAGAUAAAAACAUUUACUUGUGACUAUGAGUAGUAAUUCAUGACGGGGUACAAUGUUUCAUUGUUAUGAAGUUGUAUAAAAGUGUUAACUAGCUAACUCUUAAUCUGCUUCCUGGAAUACCCCAGUUAUAUUUGUCUAAAGGAUUGGUUCUCUUUCCUUGGUUGAUUAAUCAUUACUCUGACACAGUCAAUGGCUAGUUUUCACUGACAGGGUGAUCACCGCCACUAAGCAGUCAGUGUUCUUUUUUCUCAGUUAGUGUUUACUUCCUGUCUGUCUUCUUCGGGUGAUUUCUCUGAGGUCUUUUCUUUACUGGAGACAGUUUAGCCAUCUCCACAAAUAUAAAAGGAAUGUUCAAAAAGUAUUCCACUGAGUUUUCUGACGGAGAAAACUAAUUUCUGUUGUCCACAGCUGAUAUUAGAUUGAGCAGACUUUGACUUGAUUCUCCUUAGCAGCACUGUUCUCCUUAGCAACGGUCUGUUUUCGUUAGCGACAGUCUGUUCUCCUUAGCAGCGGUCUGUUAGUACAAAUUAGCAGACCUCUGGAAUUUCCAAAUGAACCAAUCAUAAUCAAGUUUUAAUCCAAGCUUCUUAAUAAAGAUGAUAAAUCAUGUUGAUUUAAAUCUUACAAGCCGAAUUAACUCAUUUUAGUAGUACCCAUUUAUUUUAUAAAGUGCUUUCUGAUAAGAGGUAUAAUUCUUUUCUUCCCAUUAGUUUCGUUUAAACCUAAAAUUGAGCAUUGUUUAAUGUCUUUAUGAUUUUAAUGUGCAGCAGGCUGUGGAAAUAGUUUUUGAUAGAAACAGCCAGAGAGUUUAAACGUCUCUCAGCUCAGUGUGGUAGUUUACUGCUCAGUAACGCAACAGCCUUGUUUCCACCAGCUGUUUAAAAAAAAUCACAGAUGGAGCCACAGAGCGGCUUACAUGAAGAAAGAGGAACUCAGAGGCAUGAAUUAUAAUGUGACUAAGAAUUUCUCAAGGGAGGAGAAUCAAGCAUUCUUCAUUAAAAGCAGCUCAUCACAAAAUGCUAGAAUGUCCUGAGCAUUGGUGUCACAUUGUGAAGUUGUUGUUUGGCUUCAGCAGACGCAUUUUAGUGAAAGCUGUACAAGCCCUUUGUGUCAGUUUGACACGGUUUAAUCGCCUACUGGAGAUAUGUACCUGCUUACGGUGAAUAGUAGAUUAACAUUCAACACAUACAGUUAGGGGACUGUGUUGAAAGAGUUAACAUGUCUGAAGAUGAGAGUCUGCCUGCCUGUGUGGAACAUGUGGAACAGUGCGUCUGAGUACAUUGUGUUCUCUCAGUGUCUGCACAAAUGCUGGUAUGUAUGUAUUUCCCAGUGGACAGACUGUUAAAUACUGUGUGCGUUUGUGAGGUAACCAAACCUUUGCAUUAAUAAUUCUGUUUAAAAUUAAGUGUGCAACCGCACUGGUAUCGGUGUUAAGAUGAAUUAUAGGGAGUUGUUUUCCUUUUGCUUCUGUAACAAUCACACACGAAGAGUGAGAAUAUCAUAAUACGUUUCUAAACUGUGAUGCUUCAACCAAAAAGUGAUCAGCAGUCAUGUGUAGAUAAUCUGAUGAUGUUUAAUGACCUGACCCGGGUAAGUUAUUAUUAACAUAAUGUGUUUUUUUAAUGUAAAAUUAAUCAAAUGUUUGGGAAAAUGUUGCCACUGAUUUCAUAAAGUGCCUGCACAUUGAACAUGUGUUGAUGUGUAUUGUGAAACAUAUGAGACUGUUAUGUUCAACCACACGUCUCCCUUUCUAUGCUCCAAUUUGUAUGAAGAGUCAGGUGACUAUGUCGGGUGCCUUUCAGAGCUGCCAGUUUGUUCAUGUAUUUAUAUGAAGGUGACUUAUGAAGCGGAAACUAUACGGUACAAAUGACUGCAAUAAGUAUUACUUGUCACUUUUUGGUCACAGUAUAUUCUGUUGCCUUUUAACUGAAAUCUGGUCUGUAAAAAGAUCACCAGAAUUUCUCAGAAGUAAAUUAGUCACGUUUGGGCGCCAUCUGUUGGUGGAUUCUACUACUGUAUAAAAUAGAAAUGACACAUCACCCUAUAUUCAUUAAUGAUUUAAAAGAUUUACUAACUGAGGAAGGACCCUGUACGAAAAGCUUUGAAACCCCAAAGUGAUCCCUUUAGAUAGAAACACUUUUCGGAAUGACUCACUUCACAUAAAUCAACUUCUCCGAACAAUAAUCUAAUAUUACACAUUCUAAUACCAGUAUCUAUCAACAGAAUUGCCAUAUGUUAUUAUGUUGUUUCAUAUACUUUCACAAAACACAAGACCAACAGAAAACAAGCAAUGAAAUUCAGAUCAAAUGUUUAAACAAUUUUAACGCACGCAGCAUAUAACAUCACAUAUUAGAUUUAUAGGAAGACAGGGAGCUAAAAUAGGCACGUAAUAAAUAUUUUGAUAAUACUUAAUUCACUCAGUAAAAGCAAACAAGACAUAAGAGAAAAUUAAUGAUUACAUUAAAAGACGAAAUACUAUAAAAUAAAUAAAACUAAGAAAAGCAGGUUAAGUCAGAUCCAGCUAUUUAACCCAGUUGGAUUUGAGGGAUUGUUUUGGUCAGGCGUUUUUUUUUGUCAAUGAACCAGGAGCUGGUGGGAUGGAACAGUUCACCUUCAACCUCAUCCAUUCAGCUGCAGGCUGGCCUGCUUGGAUCUUUUUUCUUACAGAUUCUCAUAUCCCAUAAAGGUAACAAUUUAGUCUCUGAAAGUUAUUUUUGUAUAAAGUGACGUUUGCCAAACUGAAAGAUAAGCAAAUAAUGUUGGUUAUUUGGAGCUGUUUUUGAGCAUGUAUUUCAGAAUUUAUUGGAAAGUGUAUCCAUAUAAAAUUAGCAAAAACAACAAUCCAUAAAUUAUCAUUAACAUUUAUGUUGUCAAUAUACAUACGCAGUUUUUAUGUUCAGGUUCAGUGUGACUGCAGCUCCUGUAGGUGCAAUCGGAGUAGCAGAGAAAGGAUGCAGCAACAAAGGUGUCAGAUUAAAACAGGAAGAGGUUAUUUUUGCCUUCAAAGUAAAAGUUUGGACAGGUCAAUGAAGCAGCAUGAAGAUUUAAUAAGAUUACUAUUACAUUUUUAAAUCAUGGCGAUAGCAGUACUAAAAUGUUAGAAUAUAUUUCAAAAUAAAGAUCCAUAUAUUAUAGGUAGAUGUACUGUACUGACUGAAUUGUCUUUUGUUUUUAAUUAGGCUACUUUUAUAAUGUAGGCUAUUCUUUAUUCUACUUUAAAUAUAUGUUUUUCAUGCAGCAAAAAUACUGUGUUUGCUUAAACCAAAAAAUGAUUUGUAAUUUAUACUAUUGUUAUUACGACUCAAUUUCUAUCCUAAAUAUCCUGGUACCUUCUUUUCUAAGGUUAUGUUGUGAUGUUGUCUUACAUAAUACACUUAAGUAAAAAACAUCUUAUUGAUUUUUAUUGUCAUUUGUAUUUAUUCGAAUUGUAUUUGAUAUUGAUGUAAUACAAAGAUGAUGUAAAGUAAGCAGGUUUCAUUACGUUAAUUUUGUGAUACUUACAUCAGGUUAAUGAACACAACAUAUUUUAUGCAGCUUACUGUUUUGUUUGAGUAUUAUAACAAAAACAUUUGUUUUAGAAUUGGUUUUAUAUGAUCAAUAAUGCAGUAUAAGGAACACUUUUGUUGUAAUUUAUUUUUGUUAUAAAAAGAACAAAAAUAAAGUAGAAAGUCACCUGUAACAUG